AUGCCUAUGAAACUCGACGGAAGCUGCCAGUGCGGCGGCAUUGAGUUUACACUCCAGUCACAAACCCCAGUUCCCUACCAACUUUGCGCCUGUAGCAUCUGCCGCAAAGUAGGCGGGUACUCGGGUGCCGUGAACCUCGGCGGCAUCGCCGAUAGCCUGAAGGUGCUUAAGGGCCAGGACCUCAUCAAGAAGUACCACGGCAUCAAGGAUCGCGGAACCCCAAAUGAGGAACAAUGCUCUUCUGAGCGGAACUUCUGCUCAAACUGCAGUUCCAUGCUUUGGCUCUGGGAUCACCACUGGCCAGAGUUGAUUCACCCUUUUGCAUCGGCCAUUGAUACUGAUCUACCUGUGCCAGAUGAGAUGGUUUGUGUCAUGGCUGGAUCGAAGCCGGCGUGGGCGCGGUGGCCUGAAGGCAAGAAGAAUGUGCAUGAGCUCUAUAACGGAGACACCAGCAUCGAGGGGUGGCACAAGAAGCAUGGCUUUUUUGUGGAGUGA